UGAGGAAACAGACGCCAUUGUUGCUCAAAGUAAGACCGCAAAUAGCGCUGAUCAGAAUUGAUGAUUUGAGCCAACAUGGCGUCCGCACUAUAGAGUUUCCUGACAGUUCAAGAGGUAAUGGUGCAUAUAGACGAGCACAAUCAUAGGUAGCCGAACCUAAACACGGUGGUUGAGAGAUCGCAAGGAUGGCGCGGGUGGUGUUUCUCCAUCCAGACCUUGGUAUCGGUGGAGCAGAGAGACUGGUGGUAGAUGCCGCCGUCGCUCUGAAGAGUCAGGGAUGUAGUGUGCAGAUUUGGACGGCCCAUUACGACCCAACACACUGCUUCUCUGAGACCCUGGACCCGGAGCUGCCUGUAGUGUGCGUGGGUGACUGGCUACCCACCAGUGUGUUUGGUUACCUGCACGCUCUGUGUGCCUACCUGAGGAUGAUCUAUGUGGCCCUCUACCUGGUCUUCCUCAGUGGGGUAGAGUACGACGUCGUCUUCUGUGACCAAGUGUCAGUGUGUAUCCCGGUGCUGCGGUUGUCCCGUCUCAGGAAGAAGGUUUUGUUUUACUGUCACUUUCCAGACCAGCUACUGACUCAGAGGAAGUCAACCCUGAAGAAGCUUUAUCGCGCUCCCAUUGACUGGCUGGAGGAACGCACCACUGGCAUGGCUGAUAUGAUUCUGGUAAACAGCCAGUUCACCGCAGGCAUCUUCGCAGAGACCUUUCGUGGUCUGAGAGGAGUCCAGACAGAUGUCCUCUACCCGUCCCUCAACACGCGUACCUUUGACCAGCAGUCCAGUGAAGCACAAGGCCUGGAAGGGCUGCUCCCUGAGGGAACCUCGUGCCUAUUUCUCUCUCUCAACCGAUACGAGAGGAAGAAGAAUCUGGGGCUGGCUCUCCAGGCUUUUGCGUCCCUGAAGAGCAGCCUUCCUCCGGGCCAGAGUGCAGGUAUCCACCUGGUGGUGGCGGGGGGCUACGAUGACAGAGUUACCGAGAACGUUCAGCAUUAUGCUGAACUGAGAAAGCUUGCAGCACAGCUCGACCUGGAAGACGUUGUCACUUUCCUGCGCUCCCCCUCUGAUUCGCUGAAGGUGGCGCUGCUGCGGGGCAGCGCGGCCGUUCUGUACACCCCGAGCAGAGAGCAUUUCGGAAUAGUUCCCGUCGAGGCCAUGUAUUGCCGCUGCCCCGUUAUCGCGGUGAACUCCGGGGGACCCCUGGAGAGCGUGGCAGACGGAGAGACGGGCUUCCUGUGCGAGCCCACGGCGGAGGCCUUCUCUAAGGCCAUGGAGAGGCUGGCGAGGGAGCCGCAGCUCCGCGGGGACAUGGGACAAGCUGGGAGACGGAGGGUUCAAGAUAAAUUCUCUCUCCGGGCCUUCUCGAACCAGCUGCACGGGUACAUUGUCAAGCUGAGCCAAUGAUGUGAAAGCUGGAAGAGGAGCGGGAAGCCGUUGGAAAUACCAUCCUCCAUGGAAUUGUUGAAGACAAGGGUCUUCAGUGAGGAGAAGAGGACGUCUCCUUGAAGAGAACGUAUGUGUGAAUGUGCAGGAGGCGGGUGGGUGAACGGGUUGGGGGUUGGUGGAGGGGGAGGGGGAGUGGUUGGUAUUCCGAAGACUCCGAGGACAAUCAAUCAGCAUUCCCCUGGAGGGGUUGCUGAGAGGGGAAAAAAGGACGGAAUCUCUAUACCAAUUAAGACAAGAGUAACGAGUUUACCUACCCCAUCUCCGGAAAGAAAUUCCACACCGCCAAGUGUGUCCGUGGUUGUGUGGGUGUAGUUGUACGUGUGUAAAAAGCAGCAAAUGAGCGUACCAAAAAGAUAGAUUUAUUGAAAUGUUUUGAACUGUUUCUGUUUUGUCUCAUGCUACGGUGAGCUUUUGGGUAACAACGAAGAAAGAGAAGGUUGUUACCACCACCACGUGCCAUCAGGCAGUGCACCACCCCAGAUGAAUAAACAGGAUGCUUUCCACCACUUCCUGUCCACCCUGAGCCUCCCAUUCAGAGGACUGGCUGGCCUGUUCAUGACUCUGGCUGCUGUGAGGUUAUUAGCAGAUGAUAGAGAGUGUUUGGCGUUAUUAGAGGUCUGGUUGAUGGGCUAGUGUGGCUUUGUCUGGGUCAUUAUCAUCGAGGAGAAUAGUAGAAGGUCAAUGUGUCUGCGGGCUGGCCUCCUCAGCCCUCCUGCUGUGUAGAAACAGCUCUUAUUGACAUUCCUGAAGUCUUAAUAAACAAGAGGAUACAUACUU